AUGACUUCUUUACACCUAGUUGUUCAGCCUUUACCAGGGAACGACGAUCAGCUAAUCGACAAGUUGAGAGAGGUGUCAGAGAAGUUCACCCGACAUGGUUUUACUGCACCUUCAGCUCUGAACUCCCUCAACGGCAUGACCAUCAGCCAGUGUGCUAUUGGCCCAAGUCAUGUGGCACUUCUCACAGAGGAUGGAAGGGUCUGCAGGGUUCCCUACUACAUUGCCACAGAUAGGCUGGACCUCAGCAAGUCGGAUACCAAGCCAAAACCAAGCAAACUGGAGAAGCUUGAGCGCACCUCUACCACAGCACGCAGUGGCACCGUCGUCAUGGAGAGCCCAAUCGUGCUGGUCUCUGAUGCCCUGGGAUCAGCUGCUGCCCAGUCAACAGCCACUGGGAGAUGGUCCACCGUGACAUCAAAUCCCACCACAGCAACCCGAGGUGGCUCAGCAGCUAGCGGGGCUGCUCCUGGCAGCACUAGCAGUGCCAGUGGAGGUGUCAAUAACAACCAGCCUUCAGGCUUCAGCAGGAUGCAGCGAGCUGUACACGUUAGUCGAGGAGGCCGCAGGUCAGGGGUCAUUGUUGGUGGACGUCCUCUGGUUCCAGCCUCUGUGGUGCCGGAAGAUUUGAUCAGUCAGUGCCAGGUUGUGCUGCAGGGUAAAUCCAGAAACUUAAUCAUCCGGGAACUUCAGCGAACGGGUGAAGGCGAUGAUGAUGACAGUCAGGACUCGUAUGUGCCCGAUGACCUCAUCUCCCUGCUGGACUCGGGGGUACAUGACAUCCUUCUGGAAAGAGAAUUAGACAGGGACUCUAUCUUCCGAAUCAGAGACCAUCGAAGACGACUGGAGACCUCUUUUAGGGAUGAAACUCUGAAGUCUUUAGAGCGGGACAAAGUUGAAACUGCAGGCUGUGAUGGAAGCAAGAAGCCAAAUUCUCCAGCCCAAAACCCUCUUGUUAUUGGGGAGGAGUUGCAGUAUUGGACAGAUAAGGACGGAGACCAGCCUUUGUUUAGCCAGAUCGAGGCCAUGUACUCUGACCUGGUGGCCGUUGGCAGAGAUGGCCGUUUGUACACCUGGAAGUGGACCGAGGCUGAACCUUACAGAAACCCUGAG